AUGGCCACUUGGUUUAAUAGUUUUGUGGAUAAUUUAUCCGCAAAGAAACCCACUUCAGAACAGCCCAAACCUUCUCAGAAUCAGCCAGGAUGCCACAUUUAUGCCAUAGUUGUCAUGAGACAUUUUGCAUCUAAAGAAGCUUGCAGACUUUCAGCAGAAUAUGACUUCUCGCCACUCCCAAUGUACAUUUCUAAAAUCUCCAGAGAAGUUACAGACCUAGUUUCAAGAACUUGUGCCCAGGAGGCAUUCCCAGAUCAGUCCAAAGGUGUUGUUAUGGAAAAUAAUAUGGGAACCUUUUACGUAAAGGCGACCAAUUGUCCACCUCCAAACCAACUUGUUUUCAUUGCCGCAGUUAAUAAUGAAUGUACAAAAUACCAAGCUUUACAAUUUUUACACGAAGCUAUUCAAAUUUAUAAGCCUGCUGGAAACGUUGUUAGAGAUAACGUAGGAGAUGCUCUAAGGCAUCCUGAAUUGAGAUCACUCAUGUUAAAGUACAAGGGGAAAAGGGACGUACUUCUGGACGCUCAAACAAAACUCGACGAGACGAAAAUGAUUGUGAUGGAUACACUUGAUGGUCUAAUUAAUCGUCAGGGAAAUUUAGACGAACUUAUCGCAAAAAGCCACGAUAUGACCCAGAGCACGGCAAAACUCAUGAGGUUAUUAAUCUCUACACAGAUAUUUAUUAAAAUAAAUAUUAUUAUUUAUUUUAAUUUUAUUUUUGAUUAUAAAACAAUUUUAGGGAUGCCAGAAGGAGGAACAGUUGUUGUCGUAUGA